AGGCGCCGUACCCGGUGCGAGUAGCAACGUGCGGGCAGGGGCCUCGGUCCGGGAGCCCCAGGGCACAGGGUUGGGGCCGGGGGCUGUGCCAGCUCUAGCUGGGGGGGGGCUCCCGGAGCUCAGCAGCACUUUCUGCAGUAGCCACCAGGUGGCAACGAUGCUGUUGCGUUGGCCACCGGCCCUGGGAGCUCGGACUUUGGGGGGGGCCGGGGCAGUCUCCCAGCCAGGCUGGGGCAAGGCUCUGUGUACUGUGAUACUAAAGGGAAACUGCUUUUCAACCCCUGUUUUGUUUUUUUUUUUUUUCUCUUAAUCUGGGUAAUACAUAACCAAAAUAAACAUACUGAGGAAAAAAAAGAACCAACCUAAAGGGCUGUUUUUGUCUUGGUGCGUGCAGUUUCCUACAGUGGGUGGCCAGCGCUGCCCUGGAGUGACUGGGACCUCCUCUGCUUGCAGCCCCUUCUUGGGGGAAGGGCCCCUCUGUGAAAGGGCAUCUAGAGAUGGGGUAGCCAGUCCUAUGCAGCCACAGGGAAAUAAGAGAGCUGGAGGUGACUGGAACAGGACUCUGCAGCCUUCUGUUGUGGUUUGGUUUACAGCUCAGCCUGCAGCCGGUGCUGGAUCUCCAUCCCAGAGACUCCCUUCAGUCCUUCAUUGGUGAAGUCUCAGUGCUGUGCUGCGCCACGGCCAUGGCCGAGGUGUUGAGCAAUGUCUGAGCUUUGCUAGCCUCUUCCUGGCAGUGGUUUCUCACACCGUGGCAUGAGCUGGGGGAAUUAGUGCGCUGCUAAUCUCACUGUGUGGCUGGAAGGGAAGAAUGGGUCAGAGCCAGGGCUGGGAGCCUGUUGCCACCAGGCAAGACCAUUAUAGGCAAGCAUUUGGAGUAGCGGUGCGGGAAUUUGGGCAAUAAUCUGUUGCUGUUGAUCCCAGAGGCGAGAAUCCGCAGCGUCGUGCCAGCCCCCGGGCGCAGAAGAAGGGUAGCGCCAGGCCAGCAUAUGCGUGAGCGGAGCUCUCGGCUGGAAUGCACCAGCUCAGCAAGGGAUUGUCCUCUCUGGGCUGGGCAGGCACUGUGCCCUGAGCCUGGUGCCCGUGACAGCUGCCCAGGCCAUGGCGGCAGCAGACAGCCCCUCACCUGGCCUCCGGCGCCGCGACCUGUGCAGCCGAGGCAUCCGCUUGGCCGGGAAGAUGCGCUCCGAUGUCGUUGACCUCCUGGACACUUAUGUGGAGUGGCAGGGCCUGGACGCCUCGGCCAGCGUGGCGGCUGUGGAGGGUGUGCCGACGGCAGCGGUGGAGCGCUGGGAUGAGCAGACGGGGACCCAGCGGCUGCUGGAGAACCUGGCAGCCUACCGGACCUUCCGCGCCCUGCUGGCCCAGAUGCUGGAGGAGCAGCAAGAGCAGCUGGGGCAGGCUGACACUGCCCUGGGCCGGGCCCUGGCGGCUGUCCUGCUCCAGGUCUCAGCCUUCACUUACCACCUUGAGGAGCUGCUGCAGCUGGAGAGCCGUGGGCCCCCCAGCGAGGAGGUGGAUGUGCCAGUUCCCCCACCCCACCUCGGCCUGUUCGAGAGGAAGCUGCGGGGGCUGGGGGUGCUGCGGGAGCUGGCCCAGUGGGCUGUCAGGUCUGCCCGGGACCUGCGGCAGCUUGCCAAGCCCAGCCCAGGCAGCAGCUCGCCGCCCAGCCCGGAUGAGAGCCCUUGAAGCUGGCUAUGUGGUGGGAGGGCUUGGGUCCUGCUGGGGCAGAGCAGGGGGCUCCUUGCAAGCUUUGCAGGGGGCUGCUGACAGCAGAGAGGGUUGUUCGGGGCAGGGCGCGGUCGGGAGGGAUGGUGUCAUUAACCCCUGGGCCCCCCAUGCUUUCGGUGCUACUCCCCGUUGGGAAACUGAGGCAUGGGUCACAUUCUGCACUGGAGCAAGCCAGGGUACCCAGGUGCGGUGAGCCUCGGGGGUGGCUCAGACUCUGCCUGCUGCAGAGUCAGAAUUAUCCCCUGGGAAGCAGCUUUGGUUCUUACCCCAGGGCCAAGAGGCUGUAGUCCUCAGUGGGCUUCCUUUAAAAUCCAGUUGCUGCCUGGCUUGACAGGCCAGGUGCUGCCAUUGGUAGAGAGAAACUGCCUUAGGGCUCUUGCAGGGGCAAGGCAAGAGCGAAAGGACAGAAAAAAUACUGCCUAGUGGAAGAAAUCUGGUUGGAACUAGAUGAUCUUUGAGGUCCCUUCCAACUUAAAGCACUCUAUGAUUCUGUGUUUGCAUGGACUCCUUUCUCCCGCCUGACUUGCAUUUUCUGCACGUUGAAUUUCUGCUCUAACUGCUUGGGGGCUUUUUUUGGGAGAGGGGGUGUGGGAGUAUGGAAAGGAGGGGAUUUUUUAACUGCUCAGAUAAAUUAAUGGAGAAGAACUUUUAAUGGAGAAGAACUUUUAAUGGAGGGCUGUGAUUCAGAAGACUCUCUGCAAGGAGGUUUGUGCCUCCGGAGGUUAUUUUGGGACUGGAAAUGGCACAGAGGAUUAAGUAGCCCCAACCAUAUCUAUGCUUACCCAUGUGAAGGGGAAUGCUGUGACAUUUUGCAGCUGCCCAGGCUGUGGUUUUCUUGCUGAAUGGAUGUGAUGGCUGCUGGCUGCAGAGUGAAUAAAAGGG